UGUUCAAAAUGCAUUUCCUUGACAAUUAGAUCAUGGAAAAGUCUCUAAUUCUUUUAUUUUUGCCAUCGAUGUUUUCUUUCCAUUAUUUCCUUCGAAUUUAAAAGUAAAUCCUCUCCAGUGUGCUGAAGCCUAAAGCUAAAGCGAUCAAGUCCAACUUUCCUUCCAAAUCCACUGGCUCCGUGACCAUUCUUCUAAGAAAAAUAUUCCGCGAAAUCUCAUCCUUUAGAUGGAGAUAAUCAAAAGUUUUGUCCCCUCCCAUCGUCCCGACCAACCCCCAACCUUGCAGCCCGCCCUCCAAUUUUCCACGCGCAUCCGCACCCGAAUAAUCCCAAAAUCUUCUUUAACUAACCAGCCCAGGAUACAAGAACCCAAUAGGAAUGCACAUCAAAUUAUUAAUUCAAUCGACCCUUUUUGGUCAUAUGGAUAGGAAUACUUUAGUAAACUUAACACUGCAGGAACAUAUACAUUAAGCCGGCGAGUAGGUGCCGCGACGCCCGCCAUCCCGUCAUUCCCCUCCCUCCCUCCCUCCCUCUACCAAAAUGGGUGCCGUUUAUCUUGCGCCGCUCUGCUUAUCGUGCGCGUCUCCCAUGGCGAAGGACUCCAUAGCUCCCGUCUCGCCCUAUAGGAAAGAGGGCCUUCUCCUGAACCCUUUUCUUUCGUGCUUCGGUGGGUCGGAGGGAUGGAGGGUUCGAACCCCUUGGGCGCUCUCCGCGACCUCCGUGACCAGACGGAGACGGAGACGGAGGCCGAGCGCGAGCAGCGGGGAGGUCUUCUGCCUCUUCUACGACGCUCCUGAGGCCAUCACUGCAUAUGCUUGGAAUGAUUCUGUUCUGGCCAGUGAUAUACCUGUUCUUGUGGAGUUUUGGGCAUCAUGGUGUGGGCCUUGCAGGAUGGUUCACCGUGUGAUUGACGAAAUAGCACGAGAAUAUGCUGGAAAAAUCAAAUUUUAUAAGCUAAAUACAGAUGACUACCCGCAAGUUGCAACUUCUCACAACAUUGAUCGAAUUCCAACGGUUUUGCUGUUCAAGGAUGGGAAGAUGAUCGACAGCAUGACCGGUACCCUUCCUAAGUCUGUUUAUGUGACAGCCAUUGAAAAAUCUUUGUCUCACUAAGGAAGCAACUGUUCUGGUAGUGGAGCUCUGCGUUUGCACGGAGCUCCAUCAUUGGGUUCGAUAUGGAUUGGAAAAUUUUACUAGAUGGUUGCUUGGUAUAUACUUCUCCUGUAUUACUUUAAUUGACAUCAUUGUAAAGUUUUCUAUUGGACUAAAAGUUUGUUGAUGUAUUCACUUGUGCUUUACAAAUUAAUGCAACUCAGGGCUAUUUUUUGAAUCCUCUGAGAAACAUUGUAUACGGUCAUUUUGCAAUUCAUAUCCAAGUUGAUCUUUUCUC